AUGCUGUUCAAGGUUUUCACGUCCGCCGUAUUUGCCUCGCUGGCCUUCCAGCCGGCCGGCGCUGUGCCUGCGCCUCAAGAAAACUCGGUUAUCAACCUCGCUGCAGUAGUAAAGGCGGAUCACCCGGAGGCGUACGCCGCGUUCUUGAAGGCGCCCAAGAUCACGCUCGACGGUGCUGUCUGGAAGCGUCAGGCAGUGCCCGGGGACGGCAACCCCGAUCCAGAUCGGCCCCCGGUCACGCCCGAUAACAUAUUCCUUCUGCAAUGCUCCGACGCCGGCUUCCUAGGAGAGUGCCUCUCCUUCGGGGCCCCUCCCGGACGAUGCGUGAGUUAUGCGAGCUUCAACAGGAACCAGACUUUCAUCGACAAGUACGACAACCAGACGACUUCAUUGAGCUCAAACACCGGCGGUCUCUGUCAGUUCUACAAGUUCACCGGCUGCAACAACAAGGGCGACGACCGGGGUGUUUCCCUCGGUUACAAUUUCAACCUCGCCGAAGCCAACGACGAGGGCUAUUCCGGCGAUUAUGACAACCAAAUCAGCUCUUGUAAGUGCUGGAGAUGCUGA